AUGAUGGAAAAUCUAUUCCAAAUCUUCUAUAUAGAGAUCAAACCUGAUUUUAGUGAACAUUUUGUUUUGCAGACAGCUAGUAGGUAUCACAUACCACUGAUACCUUACUCUGGUGGAACUUCAUUAGAAGGUCAUUUCAAUCCACCAUCAUCUGAUCUUCACACAAAUCAAUCCAAGAAUCAAUUCGAAUCUAUUGAAGAAGAGUUAAAACCGGGUUAUUCUUUUACUGUUGAUUUUUCUAAACACAUGAAUCAGAUUAUAACUUUGAAUGAAUCAGAUAUGGAUGUGGUGGUACAGCCUGGAAUAAGUUAUGAUCAAUUAAAUGAACAACUUAAAACCCGAUGUGCUUCUUCGAAACUUUUUUUCCCAGUCGAUCCAGGACCUGGGGCACAGAUUGGAGGGAUGGUUGGGACUGGUUGUUCGGGUACAAAUGCGGUCAAAUAUGGGACGAUGCGAGAAAAUGUGAUCAAUUUGACGGCUGUGUUACCGAAUGGUCAAGUGAUCAAAACCCGUCAACGUGCCAAAAAGUCAGCAGCAGGACCCGAUCUAACCAAGUUAUUCAUAGGCUCAGAAGGAACUCUAGGAUUGAUCACGGAAGUAACCUUAAAACUUCAACCGAUCUUACCCACCUCAGUAGGAGUCAGCCAUUUUGAAAAUGUCGAAUCGGCUACUGAAAGUGUUUUGGAAAUCCUUAAGAAUGGCGUUUCGUUGGCUUGUGUUGAGUUAUUGGAUGAUGUGAUGAUGAAAGCUAUUAAUGUGAAUAUGGUUGGGAAGAAAUGGGAUGAGAAGCCUAGUCUCUUUUUGAAGUUUUCUGGUACUCAUGAACAAAUCAAAGCAGAUAAAGAAUUAACAGCUAAGAUUAUUAAGUCUCAUGGUGGAUCUAAGAUCAAAUUAGCUACAUCAGAUUCAGAAGCAUUAGAAAUUUGGGAAUCAAGAAAGAUGGCCUUAUGGUCUUCAAUUGAUUAUGUACCUGGAUCAAAAGCUUGGACCACAGAUGUUUGUGUACCGAUCUCAAACUUACCAAAAUUAAUUUCUAAAACCAAACAAGAUUUAAUUCAAAACGGUUUGAUUUCGACGAUUGUGGGACAUGUAGGUGAUGGAAAUUUUCAUUGUAUAAUCUUAUUUAAGAAUCAUGAUGAGUUUUUAAAAACUAAAGAAUCGGUCGAAAGAAUGGUUAGAUUGGCUCAAGAAUUAGAUGGUACUUGUACUGGUGAACAUGGUGUUGGUAUUGGAAAAAAGUGGGCAUUAGAAAGAGAAUUAGGGAAAGGAACAGUUGAUCUUUUAAGAUCGAUUAAACAACUACUUGAUCCGAAAAACAUUCUCAAUCCUGGAAAACUUAUACCUGAUCCUAAAAAUGAUUCAUCACAUUAA